AUUAAGAAUGAAAGCAUAACUAAUGUAGACAUAGCAGGAAGUUAAUACAGACUAAAAUACCACAGAAGCUGUGUGAUCUGUCUACCGAUAUAUGGGAAUACAUGCAAAGGAGGGGAGGAGGGAACUGGUGGUGCUAGGAGGAUCGGUCCUCUGUGAAAUCUUCAUUGUUUCUGCUGAUCUGCAUGACGGCUCCAUCUCCUAAGGCAAGACAAAGGACAAACAGGCCGACAUGAAAAUAGAACACGUUGAAAAUAACUGCCUCCAGAUUUUCAUUCGUCGAUGUUUAAGUUGGCUUUGCUGUACAAAAAAAGACUCUGACAAUACAGCCACAAACAACAUAGUUGUCAAAACAGCCAGACCUAGAGGAAAAAGCUUCAUUCAAUCCUUGGAAUCAAAGCAAAUGAUCUAUGAGCAACUUUGUGAGGUGAACGAUGGCAGCUGGAGCCAUGAAGACAUACAAGAGGCUGUUUCCUCCUGUUCAGACUACAUAUGUGCUUUUCAUUACCUUACACAAGAACGCCCUGUGGGCAAUGAUCAAACUCAAUCCUCACAGUCACAGGAAAUAAAGCGAGAAAUCUAUGAGCAAUUAUGUAAAAUGAACAAGGGCUCCUGGAGCCAGGAAGAUAUAGAAGAGGCUGUUUCAUCAUGUCCAGAUUACAACUCUGCUCUCCAGUACCUCACACACGAAUGCCCACUGUGCUGUGACCAAUACCCAUUUUCCAAGUUUGUGAAGAUGACGCAUUGCAAUUGUUCUUUAUGUGAGCAGUGUUUCGUUCGCCAUUUUUCCUCUGUCAUCAAAGAGAAAAGUAUUAUACAUGUGGUGUGCCCCAUUUGCAAGAAACCAGAACUGGAGAAAAACGGGAACUCUGAGGAAUCUAUGGAGUUCUUCAACUUGCUGGAUACCCAGAUCCAUCACUAUCUUGACCAAGGAACCCAUGAUUUAUUUCAAAGAAAGCUGAGAGACAGAGCACUGAUGGAGAUGCCUGAAUUCAGCUGGUGCAGUCACUGUCCUUUUGGAGUUCUACACGAGGGAGACACAUUCAAAAUGGAAUGUCCAACUUGCAAUAAAAGCACUUGUUUCAGCUGCAAACAGCAAUGGGAAGACAUACAUGAGACAAUGAGCUGCGAGAAAUUUAAAUUGUGGAAGCAACAAAACCAGGAACUGGAUGAAUUUCUUUCCAAAAAUGGGAUAGAAUGUCCUUCCUGUAAGUCCCAGUUUGAAUUAUGGAAAGGAGGAUGUCUACACUUCAAGUGCACGCAGUGUCAGUGUGAAUUCUGCGGUGCGUGCAAACAACUAUUUCAUCAGGGACAGGAUUGUAAAUUCUUUGAGGAAUGCCAAGGGAAGGGAUUACACGCCCAUCACAUCCGUGACUGUUUCUAUUACUUGAGAGACUGGAGCACUGAGAGACUUCAGCAACUUCUACAGCAAAAUGGAAUACAAUAUGAGAAUGAUCUCAGUAGGCAUUCUGUAAAUUCCUUGCAAGGAAUACUAAAAGAAAACGCACAAAAAAAGCAGGAUGAGGACACAGCAGAAAACACAGAAGACAGCGGCGAUAACAAUAUUGCAGAGAAAGAAUUAUUGGUCCAAUUAAUCAAUGCUAACUUCCUGGACCCAGUGGAUCUGUACACAGAACAGGAGAUGAAACAAGAGCUCCAGCGAUGGAAGUCAUCAGUUCCGGAUCACAGUAGAAAUGACAGCGAAGAAUCUUAUCUGGAAAAACUUACAAUGAAAAUAAAGCAAGACAUACCAUUGUUUGUGUACCCAGAUGAAAAUGAGGCAUAACUUUGUGUGAUCUGCCUAAAGCAUUUACAGAGCAGCACAAGCACCUUACAGGUGGGUGACUUCACCUAGGAACUCAAUUGAGACGCAGUCACUAUGAUCAACAAGACUUUGUUUUGGAGGAGAAUAAUCUGGAUGCAUCAUAUUAACAACCAGAAAAACAAGUGUAAUCUUGCCUAAAGCUAGAUGCCAGUCUUGAUGUAAGUCAGCAGAUUUUGAUGGAGUUGUUACACAGCCUGCAACUACUCUUAAUGUACUAUUCAGGUAACUACAUCUCUGUAUAUGUUAUGAAUAUCUCUUAUGCUUUAAAACUAUCACAAAAUGGAUAUAGGUGUCCGUUUAUGAAGCAGUGAAGAGCGGUGAUCCCAAGGAUCACCAGUGAUCA